UCCGGAAGUGAGCGCAGUUCCGGCGGCCUGAGGGAGGUUGUGUUGGGAGCGGAGGUUUGAGGUAGCGGCGGCUGAUCCGACACCAUGGGGAAGAGGCAGCACCAGAAAGAUAAAAUGUACAUUACCUGUACAGAAUAUACAAAUUUCUAUGGUGGCAAGAAAACAGUUAUUCCACAAGCAAACUUCCGCCGCUUGCCCUUCGACCACUGCAGCUUAUCUCUUCAACCAUUUGAGUACCCUGUGUGUACUCCUGAUGGAAUGGUAUUCGAUCUCCUGAGUAUAAUUCCAUGGAUAAAGAAAUUUGGAACCCAUCCAACCACUGGAGAGAAAUUGGAUGUUAAAUCACUCAUCAAACUGACCUACCACAAAAAUAGCGAAGGCAAGUACCAUUGUCCAGUGAUGUACUCAGUCUUCACAAACAACUCGCACAUAUUGGCUAUCAAGACAACUGGAAACGUCUAUUCAUAUGAGGCUGUGGAGCAAUUGAACAUUAAGACCAAGUGUUUCAAAGAUCUCCUUAACGAUGAGCCCUUCAAACGGCAAGAUAUCAUCACGUUGCAGGAUCCAUCCAAUGUGGACAAGUUUAAUGUUUCAAACUUUUUCCAUGUCAAAAAUGACCUGAAGGUACCUGAUCCAGAUGAGGAGAAAGCAAAGUCAGACCCAUCAUAUUAUCUCAAAACCACCAGUCUGGAACUGAAGGAGACCUUGAGUGAGUUGUACAGAGAUUAUAAGGGGAGUGAAAUACUGGCAUCUAUCAUGAAAGAACCAGAAAAGAAGAAAGUGGAUAAAAUAAAUGCGGCACAUUACUCCACAGGAAAAGUCUCUGCAUCUUUCACAUCUACAGCAAUGAUGCCAGAAACUACGCAUGAAGCAGCUGCAAUUGAUGAUGACCAAGUUCGUUAUCGUUACGUCACAAAGAAGGGAUAUGUCCGACUCCACACAAACAAGGGGGAUCUGAACCUGGAGCUGCACUGUGAGAUGACUCCAAAGGCAUGUGAAAAUUUCAUCAAGCUGUGCAAAAAGGGAUAUUACGAUGGAACAAUAUUUCAUAGAUCAAUCCGAAACUUCAUGAUUCAAGGUGGUGAUCCCACUGGUACAGGCACUGGUGGAGAAUCAUACUGGGGAAAACCUUUCAAGGAUGAGUUCAAACACAACCUCUCACAUGCAGGGCGAGGCAUCCUCAGCAUGGCCAACUCAGGACCCAACACCAACAAGUCGCAGUUCUUCAUUACAUUCCGCUCAUGUGUCUACCUGGACAAGAAGCACACAGUGUUUGGAAGAGUUGUUGGUGGUUUUGAGACCUUGACAGCAAUGGAGAAUGUGGAGAGUGACGUAAAGACUGACAUGCCAAAGGAAGAGAUCAAAAUUGAGAAGACAGCAGUGUUUGUGGAUCCUUUUGAAGAAGCAGAUGUUUUGAUCGCAGAAGAACGGGAGAAAGCUCGGAACGAGGAGGAAGAGGCAAAAACCGAAGCAAUGCCAGUUGUGCCUAAAAGUAGUUCAAACGAUGGUCCAAAAACCUACCGGCAAGGUGUUGGGAAAUACAUUAACAUGGCAGCUACAAAACGAGUGGCAGUGGAUCAAGACAGCAGUCCAUCCACCAGCAGCAACAAAAAAAUUAAAGGCAUUAUUGGCUUUGGCAACUUCAGCUCGUGGUAGGACUGACACAAGCAGCAAGUCAAGAGACCAGCAGCAGACAGCAGCGUUGGCAUUCAACCCUACAAGAUCGCUUUCACAUUCAAAAGACCUAAAAGAUCAAAGGUUACCAAAGAAGUGACUGAAUUUCUAUGUAAAGUACUCUUGCUGAAAUAGGUAAAUGUAGUGAGGUAAAGAAAGUUAAAGUCUCCAUUUUCAGUGUAUGUGAGAAUAUUGCAUUUGUUUCUUUGAUGAUGGGCCAGGUCCUGCAUAUUAUUGCAAUCUGGCUGCAUACAGUUGAUGUGAUGAGUUAUCAUUUCUCUUUUUAUGUAAAAAGGUAUAAAUUUCUCAUAUGCUGCUUCAAUUAAACGAGGUUGGUUUCUUAGCUGAGCUGAGUCAUCCUGCUGUGUGAUCCUGUUGAGUUCAGCCUUCCUUGUAAUGAAAUUAACCAAGUGUAAAUUGAAACAUAGAAAAUAGGUGCAGUAGUAGGCCAUUCAGCCCUUCAAGCUUGCACCACCAUUCAAUAUGAUCAUGGAUGAUGUAAUCUCAGUAUCCCAUUUCUGCCCUCUCCCCAUACCCCUUGAUCCCUUUAGCUGCAAGAGCCAUGUGUUUAUUUUCAUUGCAGUGAGUAACUGGCACUACCACUAAUCAUAUGUUUCAAAACGAGUUCAUUUUACAUUCAUAAAGUUAUUGAAACAUUUCAGAGAGCUGUUCCAAUGGCUUCAGCCGCUUUACUGAAGGGUUAACAAACCUCAAUGUGAGUAAUGUGGUUACAAUAAAAGGACUCUAGACAUCAAAGUGGUCUAAUCUAAAUAUGUUGAAGCAGAAAGUGGCUCACUUGAAUUAAUUUGAGCCCACACUCUGCUGUUUGCCUGCUUCAACAGGCCCCAGUAACAAUGUUGAAUUUCACUCAGAAGUACCCAAUUGAGUAAGAUUGAAAAUACACAUGAGGUUCUUUUCCCCCUCAUUUCCUACUGAGAAUGGAGAACAUUGUAUGCUGGUCAAUCAGAAGGCUUAUUUUCAGCCAGAAAUCAUGGGCUGUAUGGAACCCUACAUUAGAUAGUUUGGGAAAGGACUCAAAUCCAAAUCAUCCUCAAAUUUUCAAGUACAAGUGGUCAUAAUGAUUAGUAUAAAAACUGAAAGAACUGCAGAUGCUGUAAGUCAGGAACAAAAAUGGAAGUUGUUGACAAAGCUCAGCCGGUCUGGCAGCAUCUGUGAAGAGAAGAUCAGAGUUAACAUUUCAGGUUCAGUGACCCUUCCUCAGCACUAGUUUGAAUUGGAUUUAAAAACUGAGGGAUGUUUAUUUCUUAUUAAAUGCCACAUUGCCCAUCCUAGUCCCUCAGAGGUACUGGGGGAACUGAUUCCUAGACCAUUGCAUUUCUGAGAUGGUGUUUUUGCAAUGCUGUUAGGCAGGGUAUUAUAGCGCAUAAAACCAGUGAUAGUGAAGUGAUGCUUCUGUUUGUUAACGUCAGAAUGUUGUGGGCUGUGGUGCUGUUUCCUCAACAUCGCUGACCUUUAACAGCUGAAGUAACAGGAAGGAACUACUGUCAAAGACACUUCGGUGAGCACCUGUGAAUUCUGUUGAGCAUAUAUAAUGUAGCCAUAGUAUGCCAGUAAUGAAGAAGUGGGUACUUUCACUCUGACUCCCAUGGACCUCAGCUUGUUUAGAGCUCCUUGAUACCACACUUAAUCAAUUGAUAACUUGACAUUGAGAGCAGCGAAUCGUACGUCUCCUCCCGAAUAACAUUUACUUUCAUGUCUGGAUCCAUCUGGUGACUGGAUUCAGUGAGCUGGAUACUGGUGUCACUUGAUGGUGUUCCUGAGGACUAAUUGAAUCACUCUUGAGGGGCAGCCAGAAACAGAAUAACUGUUACCUGCAGUUUAUUAAACAAGGACAUGCCCCAACAAUCCUGUACAUCAUCAGGUCGAUGCCAAUGUCACAGGAGCAAUGAAAUAGUUUGGCCUGUAAACAGAUAUUCAACAUUACAACCGGGAUAUUGUCAGUAUUCUUAGCUGUGUCCAGUGAAAUCAACCACUUUCUAAUAUCAUCAGUAUGCCAUAUUAGGUGGGCACUGGCAUUACAUGGUGGUGGAGGUUUCGGGAGGAAGCUGAGCAGUAUUGUCCACUCUCAGAUUCUUUAUCCUUCAAUUUUACUCGUGCACUAGCUGCUAACAAUUGAGAAUGUUUAAGGGGUAUCAUGCGAGAUUAUUCACAAAAAACAUUAAUUCAGUCAAUUAACGGUUUUCACCAAAUGUAUUCGUGCUUUAAUACGAUAUAAACUUGGAGAUGGACAAGACUUGGUGCAUGUUUGCAUAUAGCCAGUAGCAUUUCUAAUAACUAUUACAUAGCUGUUCUGAGAAUGUGCGCAAAUAUAGCUGCUAUUUACAAUAGGCUUCUGCAUUAGAUUUUCACAUGUUGUCUGUAUAGACCAUGCUGUCAAGCAAGCAGAUUAACUGGAAUCAAUCCCAAAUCAGGUAGAUAGUCAGGAUCUGCUUCUUGGACUAAAGUGCCUCUUUGCAAACAUUGUAAUCAUAAAGAUUCUCUCCAGUGUGAAGCAGCAGCUAGCAGUUCAUAGAACACAGAACAUUACAGCACAGUACAGGCCCUUCGGCCCUCGAUGUUGUGCUGACCUGUCAUACCGAUCUCAAGCCCAUCUAACCUACACUAUUCCAUGUACGUCCAUAUGCUUAUCCAA